AUGGCUUGUUCUUCCGCUUAUCAAGAUGAUAAGACUGAGAGCGACUUUAUUCCAGGACCUCUAGGAUGUAAAUAUGACGACUCGCUAACCGAAUUGCAAAUUCAGCUUGUUGUCCCAGGAAUUAGAGAAAAGACGUUUAUGAAAGCGUCAAAUACGCAAGUAUUUCUUAAAAGUGACACAUCGAGCCUCAAUUGUACCAUUGAAAUAGUUAAAGUGGACAAGAAGCAAAAGCCACCCAGCAAGACAAUUAUGGACAGACGUUAUUAUGAGGUCGAUAAGUUUCCUGGCGAAAUAUCAGCGGUGUCUUUUCGACUGAAAAAAGAUUGUUGUGUUUUAAUAGUUCGAAAGAAGACGCCUCAAUUGUGGUCUAAUUUUAUGAGCCAAUAUGGAUUCUAA